CGCGCGGAGUCAUUCUCCAUUAGCACCAAGCUGCGGCUUCUCCUCCACACACUGUCCCACAUGAAGCACCGGGAGCACCGGGCUCUUCACACGGCCCGUCUGCCGGCGGGCUCCAGCGGGGCUCCACGACCCGAACACACGCAGCAGCAGCAGCAGCAGCCAGGGGACUCCUCGGGCUGAGGGUCGAGCGCAGAGGGGGAGGAGGAGAGGGGUUACUGGAUCUCACACUCACGCACCAAACUCCCAUUAGUCUCCGCUAACGUCAGGCUGCUCCGUGUGAACUAACUUUGUUUCCGCUCGGGGGAAGGAGCUAACGGUGUUAGCCGGGGCUGUUGUUCACCACAUAGGUAAAGCCCACCUGACUGGAAUAGCUGUGGCAAAUCACUGGCUGUGUAACCCCACAGGAGCAUGAGUCAUGACGUCAGUGGUGCUGGUCGACACUGGUGGGACAGUGGUGGAGUAUGUCACAGCUGAGGAGGACAAUCUGCAGCAGGAUGGAGAGUGUGAGGUGGAUAUGGAGCUGGAAGGAGAGGUGGAAGCAGAAUGUGAAGCUGAGGAGGCCUAUGAAGAAGUACAGGACAGAGAGGAGGCUGAGGACUACCCAGCAGUCAUAGUGGAGGAGGUGCCUGGUGCCAGCCUGGUGGAGGAGCAACGUUACUCAGCCCAGUUAGUUGUGUAUAAUGACGAGGUGUACCUGAUGCAGGAAGUGGUCGAGGAGCAGGAGGUGGAGACAGAAGGGGAGGCAGUGGAGGCUUCUGUCCAUGGCAAUAAUGUGUACUGCUCUGACAAGACCAUCGAGGCUGCCGAGGCUCUGCUACGCAUGGAUUCACCUUCCAGCCUCAGAGAGGGCCGUAGUCCAGAAGCCUUUUUCUCCCCAUGCAACGUGACACCGGAUUUGCUCCACGCUGCCAUGCGUCCCGACAUGAUAGCAGACACAGAGGUGGAGAUCUCGACUGAGGAUUGCGGUGAGGAGGAGGAGGAGGACGACGACGACGACGAAGAGGAGAUUGGGACGAUGCUGGAGGAUCCAGAACCUGAUCAUGAGCCUGUCAGAAAGAGAAGAGCCGGACGGAAGCCAAAGACACAUCAUUCGGCUUUUUCCAAUGGUUCCCCAGACCUCGGCAUCAAGAAGAAACCAAGAGAAGGGAAAGCAGGCAGUACCACCUACCUUUGGGAGUUUCUACUGGAUCUCCUCCAGGACAAGAACACAUGUCCCAGGUAUAUCAAGUGGACACAGAGGGAGAAGGGCAUCUUCAAGCUGGUCGACUCAAAGGCUGUGUCCAAGCUGUGGGGCAAACACAAGAACAAGCCAGACAUGAACUAUGAGACCAUGGGCCGGGCUCUCAGAUAUUACUACCAGCGCGGCAUCCUCGCCAAAGUAGAGGGCCAGCGGCUGGUCUACCAAUUCAAAGAGAUGCCCAAAAACAUUGUCAUAAUUGACGAUGACAUGACCGACAUGUCCGUCCCUGAUGAUCUCAUCGGCUCAGACACAGCUACAUCCUAUGAGCGCGUGCCUCCACCAUCAGACAUGCUGCUCCAGGUGACCGAGCUAUCGUCCUCCAAGAAGCCCAACAUCCUGCGGACCGGGAACAGAGCCAACGUGGUCCAAGCUCCUGUCCCCAUGGGGAGCAAGAACAUGGCCGGUGGUGCGCGUAUAUUGUCGCUUACUGCAGCAACAGAUGGGAGUCAGACCCAGCACUCCCACGCAACGAUCAUCCCUAAUGCCACGGGGCCCAGGACGGUGCGGGUGGCAAUGCAGGUGCCUGUAGUCAUGACAACAUCCCUGGGUCAGAAGAUCUCUACCGUGGCCGUACAACAGCAGGCGGGACACACGGGACCCACAGGGGCUGUCGGCCACACCACGCUCCUCACCAACACUGGGAACACCAACUCCCAACAGAAGGUUAUGAUACAGACAAUCCCCACCAUGGUCCCAGCCACAGCAGAGAACGGAGACAAGAUCACCGUCCAGCUCGCCAAGAUCAUCACAAUCCCAGCACACCAGUUAGCCCAGUGUCAGCUCCAGACCGGCACUAGCAAGGCUGGCAUCGGAGGAUCCUCGGCGGGCAUCAGCCUCCUCGGCAGUCCCCUGACCGUUCGGGCCCUGGCUCCUGUCAACGUUGCACCGGGAACGCAAGUGAUGAGACUCACCAUGCCAACGCAGACACAACAGACUCUAGUGGUGUCGCAGGCGGGGAGCCUCGCAGGCAGGGCGGGGACAGUGACAGUGACGUCAGCCAAUCAUACGAUGACUGCACAGCCUCACAUCCUCAGCGGUGUCAUUAACGGCUCAGAGCUGGUGUUAGGAGGGACGAGAGGAGUUGCGUUGGAGAAGCUGAGGGCUGCCGGGGUCCAGGUGCAGACUUUGCAGGUGCCGGUGACGGCAGCAGUACAACAGAGUGUCCAGCAUUCUGAGGUGGACGCUGAGGUGGCCAUCAACCUGCAAAGCCCCGAUGUGACCGUCAAGACAGAAGAGCCUGAGUGUUGAAACAUUUUCCAGCACCCAUCUCUGCCAGAGAGGGUUAGUUUGUACAUGUCUGAAGUCAUAUUUACUCUUGUGAUAACCAGCAGCAGUCUCUGAGACUAAAAAGACGUCUGAAGGCCUGUUUUUAAGUCCUCAACCUGUCUUCAAUUCCUCCCUGAUGCUGCCUCAGACUGAAAGGGAACUACGUCUGUCUCUUCACAAAUCACGCCGGCACCGACGCUCCUCGGAGCGUUGUGUUCGGAACUUUAACUGGAUCCUUCAACAUAGGAAUACACAAAGACUUUAAAAGGGAGUUGUUGGGAACGGUUAAGGGACCAACCUUGAUCACUACAAUGUACGCCUUCUAAAUGGAUCACCAUCACUGACUCAAAUUUGGAAAACACUUUGAAAAUAUUAAAGAAGAAAAGCAAACACUACAAAACGAGGCAAAUAAUUACAACCGAGAAUAAUGUGAACUAUCAAAGAAGAAGAAAACAAAAUGUGGAGGAUGUAAUGAAACUUCUGUAGACAUUGGUUUCCUAUUUUUUCCUCCACAGAUGUUAAAACCAGCAACUUGUACUGAAAUACUCCAUCACUGUGCAUCAAGUGUUUGUGGUGCUACACUAGUGGGAGAGGUGCUGAAAAAGCCCUAACAGAGGCAAUUAUCAGCAGACCAUGGUUGUGUAUGUACAUAUUUAUAUAUAUAUAUAUAUAUAUUGACUAUACAGUUUAAGGAGCAGAGGUUAACAGAACAGCCUUAGAUUUAAUUUCAAAUUUUGUUUUUUCAUAUUUUGUCUGAACAGUAAACAGAAAUUAGGUUGUGUUUUGAUACCUUGUACCAAGCACAGUAUUAUUGCAACGAGCGGACCUAAUAUUUGUUUUAUCAUCGGUUCCCAAUUCUCAUAUAAGAAAAACAAUAACAGUUUGUAGAUACGUGAUCAGAUUGUUUGUAAUGUGUCUUCCAGCGCCCAGGAAAAUCUGUAGUCUUGAAUUAAUCCUGUAUCCGACUAAAAGGAUCUUGGUCUCAAUUCUUAAAAUCAGUUUUUCAUUCGCUCUCCUCAUCCCAACCCGACACUGUUUGGCUGCAUUGAAAUGCAAAGAAUGUGACUAAGGUGCUUAUGCCAUGUCUUGGAAAAAAUAAAGAAACCAAAAAGUAAUAUCAAUAUAGGUAAACUCUGAGUUAUGAAAAUAUUUUACUUUAAAAAAAAAGAGCCAUUAAAAAAAGUUUAUGCAAAAUGUUUGCUUUAACAAUGAAACCACUGUAGAUCCCAGGUCACUUUACUUCACCUGUAAAACAGAUAAUAGUCUUGGCCAUUUUGGCUUAACAUUUCAUUAUUUCUUUUUUUUUUAUCUGAAAGGAGGGACGAUAGAAAGAUGUUUGUUUUCAGACUGAACUGUUUGUAUAUUCAACAUUUGAAGUAUAUUCUAUUUUGUUGUACUCUUGUUUCAAAGUGUAUGAAAGUAGAUUUUACUGAAAUAUAAAAAAAGAUUUGAAAACAGGAA